AUGUCCCCUCGAACAGACCGUCGGCGUUCCGGCCUCCUCGCCUUGGGCCUCGUUGCCGCGAGCCCCUUGGCCACAGCCGGACCCUGUGACAUCUACGCAUCUGGCGGAACACCAUGUGUUGCUGCUCACAGCACCACCCGCGCCUUGUACGGAGCUUACUCAGGCCCUCUGUAUCAAGUAUCACGAGGCUCCGAUGGCGCCACGACCAACAUCGCGACGCUCUCCGCCGGCGGCGUUGCCAAUGCCGCCGCUCAGGACUCGUUCUGCGCCGGCACGACCUGCCUCAUCACCGUCAUCUAUGACCAGUCCGGCCGUGGCAACCACCUCACCCAGGCUCCUCCUGGCGGAGCUGCAAGCGGUCCGCAGCCCAACGGCUAUGACAACCUUGCCAGCGCCAUCGGAGCCCCCGUCCGGCUGAACGGCCAGAAGGCGUACGGCGUCUUCAUCGCGCCCUUCACCGGCUACCGCAACAACCAGCCGAACGGCACCGCUACGGGCGACCAACCACAGGGCAUGUAUGCCAUCUUUGACGGCACGCACUACAACACCGGCUGCUGCUUCGACUACGGCAACGCCGAGACCAACAGCCUCGACACGGGCAACGGCCACAUGGAGGCCAUCUACUUUGGCACCGGCGACGGCUCCGGGCGCGGCACCGGCUCCGGCAGCGGCCCCUGGAUCAUGGCGGACCUCGAGAACGGGCUCUUCUCGGGGUACGACCCGAUCAACAACCCUGCUGACCCGACAAUCAACUUCCGCUUCGUCACUGCCGUGGUCAAGGGAGAGCCGGGCCAGUGGGCGAUUCGCGGCGGCGAUGCCACGUCGGGCACUCUGUCGACCUUCUACAGCGGCCAGCGGCCAGCAAACGGCUACAACCCCAUGAGCAAAGAGGGCGCCAUCAUCCUCGGCAUCGGCGGCGACAACAGCAACCGUGCCCAGGGCACCUUUUACGAGGGCGUCAUGACGUCGGGGUACCCGUCCGACAGCACGGAGAACGCGGUGCAGGCCAACCUCGUCGCCGCCAAGUAUGUCUAUGACACCUCGCUCAUGACCAGCGGCCCGGCCCUGAGCGUCGGCUCCUCCAUCUCGCUGAGAGCGACGACGUCGUGCUGCACGAACCGCUACAUUGCGCACACCGGCGCCACGGUCAACACCCAGGUCGUGUCGUCGUCUAGCAGCACCGCUCUGAAGCAGCAGGCCAGCUGGACCGUCCGCACAGGCCUCGGGAACAGCGCUUGUUUCUCGUUCGAGUCCAGAGACAGCCCUGGAAGCUUCAUCCGGCACUCCAACUACCAGCUCAUGGUCAACGCCAACGACAACAGCAAGCUCUUCCACGAAGACGCCACCUUUUGUCCGCAGGCCGGUCUCAACGGCCAGGGCAACUCGUUCCGCUCUUGGAGCUACCCUACUCGCUACUGGCGUCACUUCAACUCGCUGGGUUAUAUUGCGGCGAACGGUGGAGAGCAUGAUUUUGACACUACGACCUUGUUCAACGAUGAUGUGAGCUUUGUUGUCAGCGCUGGCUUUGCAUAG